AUGGGCAGGAGGCCGAAUCAGCUGAUUCUCGAGUACUUUGAACGCGGGCCGAAGCUCGAAGACGCGAGCAAUCGCUAUCAGCACACGUGCAAAUCAUGCGGUGAGAGAUUCCCCAAGGGCCGCAUAGACAGCCUCACGAACCACCUGGUUAAGAAAUGUCCCGCUCUACCUCUGCGCGACCGCCAGCGGGCGCUGCUGCAAUUCCACGAGCUGCCCCUCCCUGACAACAUGGCGCAACCCGUCGCAAAUGCGCCUGGGCCAGUUCACAACGGCCAGAAAGUGAACCUCUCAUACACGCCUUCGAAGCAACUUUCGGCGCUCGAGACACUUGCAGAGGUGUCGCGACAACAUCUGGAUCUAUCAGGAAAGCGGCCAAUCGAGCACCAGCAGCACCAGCAACAGCACCAGCAACAGCAUCAGCAGCGAGGACUGCCUCCACAGGCGCAUCACAAUGCUGGACACGGAGAACUGCUGGACGAAUGGAUCCAGGAUGAUAGGACAGAAGGCGCCGAUUUGAGCAGCCUGUCUCAUGCUAUGGACCUGUCUGGCGCGCCAGCUUUGCCGUCUAUGUAUCAGUUUAACGGCCCGCUGCACCACUCACCAACGAAUUCGCCUCACAUGGGCAACAUGCCCCUCUCGAGCUCAGGCUCAAUGGCGCAAAUGGUGCCUUCCCUUGUCAUGGCAGCCUCUGCGGCUAACGAUCUCAUGCCGCUCGCCAGUGGAAUGACUAUGGAUCCAGAUCUCAACCUUUCGCAUAACGGCAUGAGCUUCCAGCGCUCGCAAUGGUCCAACCUGCAACCCCAUCCCCUGGAUCCUUUGUUGCACGACCACAGCAGCAAGGAUCAGCUGAUGCCAAAAGCUGAGGGUAUAACGAAGUUUCCACAACCUCGACCAAUUGCGAUAAAUCCAAACACCCAGACCCAUUUCACAACAGAUUUCAGCAUACAUCAGAAGCCGCUAAAGCCCAAAGUCCGAGGCCGAUUCACCGAUAGCCGGCGCAAAGAGGUGCAGGAGGUCCGCAAGCGAGGUGCAUGCAUUCGGUGUCGUAUGCUCAAGAAGCCAUGCUCAGGGGACAAUCCAUGCAAUACCUGCCAGAAUGUAGAGAGCGCGCGGUUAUGGAAGCAGCCUUGCAUACGGACACGUAUUGCCGAAGAGUUCAAUCUCUACUCAGCUGGUCUGCAUGGGGUGCUGGCAUACCAUGCAACUAACCAAGCCAAAGGACAGAUACGCCUGGACCAGACUCCUGGUCGCAUAGAAGCCUCUCAUCACCCGGAAUCCGGGAUCUUUUCAACCUUCACUCCUCUCAAAUGCCACCAGAACCAGGUGGUCCAGAGCGUCGACAUCGAUCCAGCAAUCUUCACCGCUGUCGGCACGCCAGACCUCGAGCUCAUAGACGGAGAUGAUGACAUCAGUGGGAAACUAGACAUAUACAUUAAGAAGAUUGAUCCUCACUUUGUUGAAUCGGAGGACUCAGUUUUUAUGAAGAUAACACAGCAGACCAUAUCGAGGCUGGCAUCGCCUAAUCAAGAUGGUCUGUUAACAAAAGUGAUGGAGCUCUGGCACUACACGCGGAUACUUACGUCCCGCAACCUGCACUGGCAUAUUUUCUCCAACCCAUCGCUACCGCCCACAUUGUCAGCACCGACACUGUCCUCCUCGGAUAUGGAAGACGCAGCACGCUCACCCAUCACAGCGCUCGACCACCCUUCAUCCUACAAUCUUAUCAGGAUGCAACUCAUGGGAGCAACUGAAAAGCGCGCCGCUUGCGUAGCCCGCGUCGUAAUGAACGAUCUAGAACGUCGCCUCCUGCAGCGCCAACAAGCCAACCCCUUCGAAACGUUCCUCGUCGCCGUCAUCCUCCUCGCCAGUGUAGAGCGCAUGUGCUGGCUCUUCCGAACGUGGGAGGUUCAGACGCCACUUGACCCUGCUACUGACGAUUCAACCUUGACUGUGGACAACGAUCUUGCAUCUGCUUUGCAAUCUCCACCACCACCAUCCGUAAACCCACAGCCUGCUCUACGACACCCCAAGUGGCCGCUCGACAAGCCCGCUGCGUCUUUCUCUCAGCAAGGUGAACGAUUCAGCGACAUCUUGAAUAUGCUGCUCAAGAUGCGCGGUGUACCGCCUAAGCCGAUUCCUCGCAGUACUGAUGGAAUGCUGGUCAUGUGGGGUGACGAUGUAGAUGAGACGAUUAGGGAGUGGUACGAGGGUAUUGCCGUUACGACCCAAAUACUUGAAGAGAGGGCCAAUGCAAAGUUUGUGGGCGAGGAUCCGGCGGAGUGGGAACUGAAAUUCUUGGGAAAGAUCAUUAGAGGUGAUUAG